AUGUUUAACCUCAUUCCUACCGUCAUCAAGAAGCUAUGGGAAAAGUGGAACCUCAGGUUCUUCAUCCUCUUCAGCCUCUCGUUGCAGACCAUUUUAAUUCUUUGUGCACCCUUCAGAAAGCGAACGCCCAACAUAUGGAUAAUCUUCAUCGUCUGGACAUCAUACUUGCUGGCUGACUGGGCCGCUAACUUUGCAAUUGGAUUAAUCUCAAACCGCCAAGGCAACAAUCCUGGCUCCGACUAUGCUCGUGAUCUUCUGGCAUUUUGGGCUCCCUUUCUUUUGCUACACCUUGGCGGUCCAGACACCAUUACUGCGUUUGCCCUUGAAGACAACACCCUCUGGAAAAGGCACUUACUUGGCCUCAUAUUCCAGGUCAUAGCUACGCUUUAUGUUCUCAGUGAAUCAUUCCCCAAAAACAAGCUAUGGCUCCCAACAUGCCUUCUGUUUCUUGCUGGAAUCAUCAAGUAUGCCGAACGAACACGAGGUUUGUAUGGUGCCAGCUUGGACAAUUUCAAGGAAGCCAUGAUUAAAACACCUGACCCUGGACCGAAUUAUGCGAAGCUCAUGGAAGAAUACUCCUCAAAAAAAGAGGCUGAACUUCCAACUCACAUUGAACUCACAGCAGAACGCAGCAAAGAAUUUAGGACCAAGACUUACAUGAUUGAAGAAAACGAGCUGCAGAGUGAUAUUGCAGUUGUGAGACAUGCUUAUCACUUCUUUCAAAUCUUCAAGGGUCUAAUUGUCGAUCUCAUUUUCAGCUUUCAAGAACGCCAAGAGAGCCGUGAUUUUUUCCAUGACAGAAAGCCAGAAGAAGCUUUUAAAUUAAUAGCGGUCGAGCUCAACUUUUUGUAUGAAGCUCUCUUCACCAAGGCUGCCGUGGUGCAUUCUAAGCUAGGAUACAUUUUCCGGGCGAUUUCCAUCAGUGCAAUUUUCGUAGCCCUUGUUUUCUUCUAUAAAUUGGAGAAAGAGGGUUUACAUUCAUUUGAUGUUGGAGUCACCUAUACCUUGCUUUUUGGUGCCAUAGGCCUGGAUCUAAUAGCUGUUUUCAUGCUUAUAUUCUCUGAUUGGACUGUUGCUGCUUUAAAUAAGUCUCGGCAGAAAUGUUUUAUAGCCAAUAAUAUUUUUGAAAAGUACCUCAAUUUGAAGAGAUCAUCCUUGUCUACAGAAACAACAAAUGGCGGCCAAGAAAACAGUUCAAAAAUAACAAAGUGUUUGAUGUGGACUAAGAAAAUCCUAUUUUGGAGGUGGUAUGGAUCUGUCUCCAUGUUCAACUUGAUAGACUUUUCCCGCAAGGAACGUGAAAAAGUCUCCCCAACAAUUUUUGACCGCUGUGGCAGUUUCUACAUCAAAUUCCUUGAAUAUUUUGGCCUCAAGGAUCGCCGCGAUAAGAUCAAAUAUAGGUCCAGCAAGCCACUCACUGCAGAGUUAUGGAAAUUCAUCUUUGAUGAGUUAAGAGGUAAGUCCUUGCUUGCAGAUGAUCCUGAAACUGCCAAGAAAAUAGGUUCAGCCCGAGGCGACUGGGUUCUCGAGGACAGGGUUGUGCAGGAUAGUAAUUUGGUUGUCCAGGAUGGUGAUAAGGAUAAACAUAAUAAGGUGAUCAGUAAGUUGCUAUCUUAUGUUGUUGAUGUUGAGUAUGACCAGAGCAUUCUAUUGUGGCACAUUGCUACUGACUUGUGUUAUUAUGAGAAGCGCAAAAGCAAUGUUGGUGGUGAUGCUAGUCACCGUGAUGAUAGUCACCGUGGAUUUAGUAAGACUCUGUCUGAUUAUAUGUUGUAUCUCUUAGUGAUGCAGCCUACUAUGAUGUCUUCUGUAGCAGGAAUUGGACAAACAAGAUUCCGCGACACUUGUGCAGAAGCAAAGAAAUUCUUUAGCAGAAGUGAACUGGAAUCAGGGGUGGAAGAAAAAGUAGAGGUCUGUAAAGGGCUCCUUGACGUAAAUACAGACGUUCAACCUAUUGAUGUCAAAGGGGACAGGAGCAAGUCCGUAUUGUUUGACGCAUGUAUUCUGGCCAAAGAGUUGGCCAAAAUGGAGGAAAAUAAUUUAAAUAAAUGGGAACUCAUCAGUAAAGUGUGGGUGGAAUUGCUCUCAUAUAGUGCAAGUCAUUGUAGAGCAAAUAACCAUGCCCAAUUGCUGGGUAAAGGUGGAGAGCUUGUCACUUUUGUUUGGUUAUUGAUGGCUCAUUUUGGCAUCGGGGAGCAGUUCCAAAUAAACGAAGGCCAUGCAAGAGCAAAACUCAUUGUGGAAAAGUAAAUGGAUGUGUGGAAUUAAGAAAUG